GUCAGCAAGGGCUGUGCCCUGGGUGUGAGGGCAGGCAGAGGUGCCUUCCCCCAGACAUGUGCAGAGGGAGGCAAGGCCCGUGGAUGGCCUGGAUGUCCCUCUGAGCAGAGGGACACUUUCCUCUGCCAAGGGUGUGGACCAAGAGAGGGACUAGGCAUGGUUCUGAGGACACAGAAGCUGGCCUGGCUCAUGGAGGUGGGGAACGAAGGUGUGGGCCAUGGUGUGGGCCCACCAGCAGACGGUGACACAGACUGGGACCCUAGGUCAGGCUGUGGGCAGGGCUGUGUCCCUCCACAGGCUCUAGGGGAAGACCCUUUCUGCCUCUCCCAGCUCCUGGUGGCUCCAGACUCUCACAGUGCAGACUGUGGUGUUUGUUCUUUUAAGGACACCAGGUAUUCGGGAUGGGGGCCAGCCCUUUUCCAGUGUGAUCUCAUCUUAAAUUACCUCAUAGAGAUCCUGUUUCCAAAUAAGGUCACAUUCACAGGUAUGUGGCUUAGGAUUUUGACAUAUCUUUCCGGGUGAUCAAUUCAACGCAGCUUAGAAAGGGACAGGUCCAGGCAGAGGUAGUUGGUACAGUCCUGGGGCCUGGAGCCAGAUGACCCAGCCCAGCAGGGGUGAAGGACCGGCAUGUGUCUGUUGGAUCCAGGGACCUUGGAGCAGGGGGACACGUGUGACCUCAACUGGGUUCUGCAAGACCAGCUGUUUGCAAUGAAUGGCCAGGUCACUCCUCCUCUUGAUACCCUGUUCACCAACGGUGCUGAGCAGGCCUUCAUCCCCAAAAACAUGGAGGCUGGGCUGGGAGCCAGUGCCCCCUCCAAGCCCCAGGCAGAGGCAGCCGCACCCUCCAGAGCCAGGAGCAUUGCGGGGGUGCGUGUGGAGGCCUCGGGGCAGACGCUGAGUGUCUACGCUGCCAUGAAGCGGAGCCUGCUGCCCGCAGGGCUGGGGUUGGCUCUGCUGGAGGCCCAAGCAGCCACUGGGGGCCUGGUGGACCCCGCCCAGGGCCAGCUGCUGCCCGUGUCUGAGGCCCUGCGGCAGGGCCUGGUAGGGCUGGAGCUGAAGGAAAAGCUGCUGGCUGCUGAGCGCGCGGUCACUGGCUAUCCUGACCCCUAUGGGGGUGAGAAGCUGGCCCUCUUCCAGGCCCUCAGGAAGGAAGUUGUCAACAGGACCCUGGGAUGCCGCUGGCUGGAGGCCCAGCUGGCCACUGGGGGCCUGGUGGACCCCGUCCAGGGCAUGCGAGUUGCCCCAGCACUAGCCUGCCAGAAGGGCCUCCUGGACCAGGAGACGUGGCUCAGUCUGGAUGAGCAGGAGCCCAGCAUGGACACUCCAGGUUUCCUUGACCCCAACACACUGGAGCCGCUGCCGUACUCCGCCCUUCUGGGCCGGUGUGUGCAGGACCCUGGCUCAGGGCUGGCCCUGCUGCCACUCAAGACCACCUUCCAUACCCUGUGUGGGGCGGCCAGUGUGGCUGAGCUGCAGGAGGCAGGGGUCCUGGAUGAAGAGACAGUCCAAGGCCUGCAGGAGGGCACACUGACAGAGCCAGGUGUGAGUGCUCGCCCUGAGGUGAGGCGCCACCUGGAGGGCACUGGCGGUGUGGCAGGGGUCGUCCUGCUGCCCGAAGGCCACAAGAAGGGCUUCUUCCAGGCUGCAGCUGAGCACCUGGUCCCAAUGGGUGCUGUACUCCCGCUCCUGGAAGCUCAGGCUGCCACCCACACCCUGGUGGACCUGGCGACGGGCCGGAAGCUGUAUGUGGACGAGGCGGUCAGGGUAGGCCUGGUUGGCCCAGAACUUUAUGAGCAGCUGCUGGUGGCAGAGCAGGCGAUGACUGGGUACCAUGACCCCUUUAGCAGCUCCCGCAUCCCCCUCUUCCAGGCCAUGAAGAAGGACUUGGUGGACAGGUCGCUGGCCCUGCGCCUCCUGGAUGCCCAGCUGGCCACGGGUGGACUGGUCUGCCCGACCCGUAGGUUCCGGCUACCUCUGGAGGCUGCCCUGCGUUUUGGCUGCCUGGAUGAAGAGACUUGGCAGCACCUCUCCCAGGCCACGGGCUUCUCAGACCCCAGCACACACAGCAACCUGUCUUACGGGCAGCUGCUGGCCCUCUGUGUCACCGACCCAGAGACGGGGCUUGCCUUCCUACCUCUCCCCGGGGGACCCCGUAGAGAGGUGCCCCAGGGACCCUCAUUCAUUGGCCACCACACUCAGGAGGCCUUGAGUGCAGCCAUGACCUCCGUCUCUGUGGGGAAGUUCCAGGGCCGGCCCGUGUCCCUCUGGGAGCUGCUCUUCUCUGAGGCCGUCUCUGUGGAACAGAGGUCAAGGCUGGCCCAGCAGCACCAGGAAGGGACCCUCUCAGUAGAAGAGCUGGCAGCAGAGCUGAAGGCCACCAUUGAGCAGGCUGAAGCCACAGCCAGGGUCACCUUUGUUGGACUGAGGGACACUGUGACUCCAGGAGAGCUGCUGAAAGCAGAGAUCAUCGACCAGAAGCUAUAUGAGCAGCUGGAACACGGGCAGACCUCGGCCCAGCACGUGGGCAGCUUGGCCUCUGUGCGGAGGUACCUGCAGGGCACGGGCUGCAUCGCUGGCCUGCUUCUGCCCGCUUCCCAGGAGCGCCUCAGCAUCCACGAGGCCCGCAGGAAGGGACUUCUCAGGCCCGGCACUGCACUCAUCCUCCUGGAGGCCCAGGCUGCCACCGGCUUCGUCAUCGACCCCAAAGAAAACAGAAGGCACUCCGUGGAAGAGGCACUGAGAGCUGGUGUCAUCGGGCCUGAUGUGUACAUGAAGCUGCUGUCGGCCGAGCGCGCCGUCACCGGCUACACCGACCCCUACUCCGGGGAGCGGAUCUCGCUCUUCCAGGCCAUGCAGCGUGACCUCAUCGUCAGGGACCACGGCAUCCGCCUGCUGGAGGCCCAGAUCGCCACGGGCGGCGUCAUCGACCCCGUGCACAGCCACCGCGUGCCCGUGGAGGUGGCCUACCAGCGCGGCUACUUCGAUCAGAUGCUGAACUUGAUCCUGUUGGACCCCUCUGACGACACCAAGGGCUUCUUCGACCCCAACACCCACGAGAACCUCACCUACAUGCAGCUGCUGGAGCGCUGUGUGGAGGACCCCGAGACGGGCCUGCGCCUCCUGCCACUUAGCAGCACACGGCCUCAGCUGGUGGACGGCAGCUCCCGGCAGGACUUACAGAACCUGGUGCUUCCUGUGCAGUGUGGAAGGUUCCGGGGACAGAGGGUCUCAGCCUGGGACCUAAUCAACUCCGAGUACUUCAGUGAGACCCGGAGGAGGCAGCUGCUGCAGCGCUAUGGACAGCGCAAGGUCACACUGGAGCAGGUCACGCAGCUGCUGCACAGAGAGUCAGGGAGGUGGGCAGACAUCACACUACCAGCACUGCGGGGCCGGGUCACCAUCGGCCAGCUCCUGGAGGCUCAGAUCAUCGACCAGGACCUCCUGGAACAAGUUCUGGCAGGGGCAGUCAGCCCUGACGCCCUCUUCCACAUGGCCAGCGUCCACAGGUACCUGCAGGGCUCGGGCUCAGUGGCUGGGGUGCUGCUGCAGCCCUCCCAACAGAGGCUCAGCCUUUAUCAGGCCAUGAAGCAGAAGCUGCUGGCGCCUGGCGUGGCCCUGACCCUGCUGGAGGCCCAGGCAGCCACUGGGGCCAUCACAGACCCUAGCAGUCUGGAGAUACUGUCCGUGGACGAGGCUGUGCGCCGGGGCGUGGUGGGGCCAGAGGUGUGCAGCAGGCUGCGGUGGGCCGAGGGUGCCGUCACUGGCUUCAGAGACCCCUUCUCUGGGAAGAGAAUCUCCCUGUUCCAGGCCAUGAAGAAGGGCCUGAUCCCAAUGGAGCAGGCUGCCCGGCUGCUGGAGGCCCAGGUGUCAACGGGAGGGGCCAUUGAUCCCACAGGCCACCACCACCUCCCCUUGCCUGUGGCCAUCCAGCGGGGCUUCAUAGACCAAGAGAUGGACAUGGCCUUGUCCGGCUCUCCCAAGACCUUCCCCACUCCAGACGGCCAGGGCUUCACCAGCUAUGCCCAGUUGCUGGAGAAGUGCCCCCGGGACAAGGCCUCUGGCCUCCAUCUCCUGCCUCUGGCAGAAGAUGCUCCUGCCGUUCCCACUGACACUCAGCUCCAGGACAUCCUGCAGGGCACACCAGGGGGUGAGGACGGCAAGUCCCUCUGGGACCUGCUCACCUCCUGCCACUUCACUGAGGAGCAGCGCAGAGGCCUCCUGGAGGGCGUGCGGGUUGGGAAGGUCUCCGUGCCACAGCUGCAGGCCACCGUGUGCAGCUGUGUACAGGGGGCAGAGCUCCUGGCCCAGGCCCGCGUGACAGUGCCAGGUCCCCGUGGUGAGGUUCCUGCCGUCUGGCUGCGGGACGCUGGCAUCAUCACCCAGGAGGCGCUGGCCGCACUGGCUCAGGGCACAAAGUCGCCCUCUGAGGUGGCAGAGCAGCCAGCAGUGAGGACCCACCUCUGGGGCACGGGCUGCGUGGCUGGGGUGCUGCUGCAGCCCUCUGGGACUAAAGUGAGCCUCGCCCAGGCCAUGAGGGAUGGCCUCCUGCCCAUAGGCCUGGGACAGAGACUGCUGGAGGCCCAGGUGGCAUCUGGCUCCCUUGUUGACCCACUGACCAACCAGAGACUGUCAGUGGAGGAUGCAGUGAAGGCCGGCCUGGUAGGCAGCGAGCUGAGUGAGCACCUCAGCCAGGUCGAGAGGACUGUGCCCGGGUACACAGACCCCUACUCAGGGGGAACCCUCUCUCUGUGGCAGGCCAUCGAGAAGGGGCUUGAGCCCGAGAGCGAGGGCCUCCCCCUCCUGCAGGUACAGCUGGCCACGGGGGGCAUAUUAGACCCUGUUCAUGGGGUGCACCUGCCUCAGGCAGUGGCCUGCAGGCUUGGCCUCCUGGACGAGCAGACGAGCUGGGCACUGACCACCACCAAGGAGGACAACAAGUUCUUCUUUGACCCUAAUUCCCGGGUCAGGGUGACAUAUGGGCAGCUCAAGGAGCUCUGUGUGCUGGAUGCUGAUACCGGCUUGUGGCUGCUGCCACUCACUCAGGACGCUGUGCUUGAGGUGGAUGAGCACACUGCAGUGGCUCUGAGGGCCAUGAAGGUGCCUGUCAGUAUGGGGAGGUUCCAAGGGCGCAUCGUGUCACUCUGGGACCUGCUACACUCCGAGUACAUCAGUGCUGACAAGAGGCGGGAGCUGGCAGCACUCUGCCGGUCUGGGCGAGCCACAGCCCUGCGGCAGGUGGUCAGUGCGGUCACUGCCCUAGUGGAGACUGCAGAGAAGCAGUCCCCACAGGCCACCUUUAGAGGGCUCCGGAAGCAGGUGUCAGCCAGGGACCUGUUCAGGUCUCAGCUGAUCAACAAGCAGACGCUAGAUGACCUGACCCAGGGGAAGAAGACGGUGCAGGAGGUGACAGAGAUGGCCAGUGUGAGGCGGUCUCUGGAAGGAGGCAACUUCAUUGCCGGAGUCCUCAUCCAGGGCACCAAGGAGAAGAUGAGCAUCCCAGAGGCCCUGAGAAGGCACAUCCUGCGGCCCGGCACGGCCCUGGUGCUGCUGGAGGCGCAGGCGGCCACCGGCUUCAUCAUCGACCCGGUGAAGAAUCAGAAGCUGACCGUGGAACAGGCGUUCCAGGCAGGCAUGUUUGGCAGGGAAACUUACGGGAAGCUGUUGUCCGCCGAGCGCGCCGUCACCGGCUACACCGACCCCUACUCCGGGGAGCAGAUCUCGCUCUUCCAGGCCAUGCAGCGCGACCUCAUCGUCAGGGACCACGGCAUCCGCCUGCUGGAGGCCCAGAUCGCCACGGGUGGCGUCAUCGACCCCGUGCACAGCCACCGCGUGCCCGUGGAGGUGGCCUACCAGCGCGGCUACUUUGACGAGGAGAUGAGCCGCGUGCUGGCGGACCCGAGCGACGACACCAAGGGCUUCUUCGACCCCAACACCCACGAGAACCUCACCUACCUGCAGCUGCUGGAGCGCUGUGUGGAGGACCCUGAGACGGGCCUGUACCUGUUGCAAAUCGUAAAGAAAGGAGAACCCUAUGCGUACAUGGACGAGGCCACAAAGCAAGCUCUGCGAUCCACAACUGUGAACAUGCACUUGGGGAGGUUUGCCGGUCGGACUGUGUCUGUCUGGGACCUGCUCUCCUCGCAGUACUUCAGCGAGAAACGGAAAAGAGAGCUUGUGUGGGAGUACAGAGAGCAGAAGGUGGGACUAGAGGAACUGGUGGAGGUCAUCAGAACCACCAUCAAAGAAACAGAGGAGCAAAACCAAGACAUCAGAUUGGCAGCCAUCCACGGGCACACGACGGCCGCAGAACUGUUCAACUCUGGGGUCAUCGAUAAGGAGACCCUGGAUGCACUUCACAAGGAGGACAGGGGACACCAGGACCUGCGGCAGCUGGAGUGCGUCCGUGUGUGCCUGGAGGGCAGUGGCUGCAUUGCUGGGGUGACUGUACCCUCCACCCAGGAGGUCAUGGGCUUCAACGAGGCCUGCAGGAAGGAGCACAUCCCUGCAGGGUUCGCAGCCCAGAUGCUGGAGGCACAGGCAGCCACUGGGUUCAUGUUGGACCCUCGCACUCAUCAGAAGGUGCCAGUGGACGAGGCCCUGGCAGCUGGCCUGGUGGAUGAGGAGCUUCGGGAACGGCUGCACAUGGCUGAGAAAGCCGCCAAGGGCCACAGAGACCCAGCCACAGGGGAGACCAUACCACUGUUCCAGGCCAUGAAAAAGAAGUUGGUCGGAAGGGAGGAGGCACUAAGGCUGCUGGAGGUGCAGGUGGCCACAGGGGGCAUUGUGGACCCACAGCACCACCACCGAAUCCCCCUGGACAUGGCCUGCAGGCGGGGCUGCCUAGAUGAGGAAACGAAAAUGCUCAUCUUGGAUCAGAAGCACAUGAGGAGAAGGUUCCUGGACCCCAACACGCAGGAGAAGGUCACAUACCAAGAGCUGCAGGACAGGUGCAAGAGGGACGAAAGGUCAGCAUGGACCCUAUUCCCAGUGGUCAAGGACACAAAGGACUCAGAGUAUGUGGAUGAGGCCACCAAAAGGGCACUGGAAGCCCAGCAGGUAGAAAUAACAGUUGGAAGGUACAGAGGCCAGCGGCCAUCAGUAUGGGAGCUCCUGAACUCAGAGUAUGUGACGCGGGAGAAGAAGUUGGAGCUGGUCAAGGCCUACCGCCGGGACACUGCAGGAGCCCUGGAGAGAGUGGUACAAAAAAUUCUGCAGAUAAUUGCAGAAAAAGAAAAGAAGAGCAGACCAAUGUGGUUCAGGGGUUUCCGAAAGCAGAUCACAGCAGCCGAGCUGCACAGCUCAGGUAUCAUAAACAGAGAGACACUGGAGGAUCUGGAAGAGGGCCGACGGACAGUGCAGCAGGUACAAGCCGGGGAGGAUGUCCAGCGCUACCUGGAGGGCACUAGCUGCAUCGCCGGCGUGCUGGUGCCGGCCAGGGGCGAGCCGGGCCGCCAGGAGAAGAUGAGCAUCUACGAGGCCAUGUGGAAGGGCGUGCUGCGGCCCGGCACGGCCCUGGUGCUGCUGGAGGCGCAGGCGGCCACCGGCUUCGUCAUCGACCCGGUGCACGACCGGAGGCUGUCUGUGGAGGAGGCCGUGGCCGCCGGCGUGGUGGGCGGCGAGAUCCGGGAGAAGCUGCUGUCCGCCGAGCGCGCCGUCACCGGCUACACCGACCCCUACUCCGGGGAGCAGAUCUCGCUCUUCCAGGCCAUGCAGCGCGACCUCAUCGUCAGGGACCACGGCAUCCGCCUGCUGGAGGCCCAGAUCGCCACGGGCGGCGUCAUCGACCCCGUGCACAGCCACCGCGUGCCCGUGGAGGUGGCCUACCAGCGCGGCUACUUUGACGAGGAGAUGAGCCGCGUGCUGGCGGACCCGAGCGACGACACCAAGGGCUUCUUCGACCCCAACACCCACGAGAACCUCACCUACAUGCAGCUGCUGCGGCGCUGCGUGCGCGACCCCGACACCGGGCUCUACAUGCUGCAGCUGGCGGGCCAGGACUCCGCAGUGCACCAGCUGAGCGAGGAGCUGCGCGGGGCCCUGCGCGACGCCCGCGUGACGCCCCGCUGGGGCGCCUUCCAGGGCCAGAGCGUCUCGGUCUGGGAGCUCCUCUUCUACCGCGAGGUGCCAGAGCGCCGGCGCCAGGACCUGCUGCGCCGGUACCGGGCGGGCACGCUGAGUGCGCAGGACGUGGGCUCGGCCCUGUCCUCGCUGCUGGCCGAGGCCGAGGACCGCAGCCCGCGCGCCGACCCUCGGGGGGCCCUGCGUGCGGCCACCAUGGAGGUCAAGGUGGGGCGCCUGCGGGGGCGCGCGGUGCCCGUGUGGGACGUGCUGACGUCUGGCUACGUGAGCGGGGCCAUCCGCGAGGAGCUGCUGGCCCAGUUUGGCUCGGGGUCUCUGGCCCUGCCCGCGCUGACGCGCAGGCUGACCACCAUCAUCGAGGAGGCGGAGGAGGCCCACGGGGACCCGCCCCAGCCCGGGGAGACCUCGCCUCGCCAGCCGGAGCCGGGGCGGCCAGGGCCCUCCCGAGGCGAGGACGAAGAGGCCCAGGCCGAGGCCACCGGCCGCCGCCGCCUCCAGGAGCAGGAGCAGGCCUUGCGCGCCGCCACCAUGGAGGUGCGCUCCGGGCGGUUCCGGGGCCAGCCGGUGUCCGUGUGGGAUGUUCUCUUCUCCUCCUACCUGGAAGAGGCCCGGCGAGAGGAGCUCCUGGCCCAGCACGCGGCAGGCACCCUGGGGCUGGCUGACCUGGUGGCCAUCCUCCUGCGGGUGGUGGAGGAGACCGAGGAGCGGCUCAGCAAGGUGUCCUUCCGAGGCCUGAGGCGCCAGGUGUCCGCCGCCGAGCUGCACACGUCCGGGAUCCUGGGCCCCGAGACCCUGCGGGACCUGGCCCAGGGCACCAAGACCCUGCAGGAGGUGACGGAGAUGGACUCCGUCAAGCGCUACCUGGAGGGCACUAGCUGCAUCGCCGGCGUGCUGGUGCCGGCCAGGGGCGAGCCGGGCCGCCAGGAGAAGAUGAGCAUCUACGAGGCCAUGUGGAAGGGCGUGCUGCGGCCCGGCACGGCCCUGGUGCUGCUGGAGGCGCAGGCGGCCACCGGCUUCGUCAUCGACCCGGUGCACGACCGGAGGCUGUCUGUGGAGGAGGCCGUGGCCGCCGGCGUGGUGGGCGGCGAGAUCCGGGAGAAGCUGCUGUCCGCCGAGCGCGCCGUCACCGGCUACACCGACCCCUACUCCGGGGAGCAGAUCUCGCUCUUCCAGGCCAUGCAGCGCGACCUCAUCGUCAGGGACCACGGCAUCCGCCUGCUGGAGGCCCAGAUCGCCACGGGCGGCGUCAUCGACCCCGUGCACAGCCACCGCGUGCCCGUGGAGGUGGCCUACCAGCGCGGCUACUUUGACGAGGAGAUGAGCCGCGUGCUGGCGGACCCGAGCGACGACACCAAGGGCUUCUUCGACCCCAACACCCACGAGAACCUCACCUACAUGCAGCUGCUGCGGCGCUGCGUGCGCGACCCCGACACCGGGCUCUACAUGCUGCAGCUGGCGGGCCAGGACUCCGCAGUGCACCAGCUGAGCGAGGAGCUGCGCGGGGCCCUGCGCGACGCCCGCGUGACGCCCCGCUGGGGCGCCUUCCAGGGCCAGAGCGUCUCGGUCUGGGAGCUCCUCUUCUACCGCGAGGUGCCAGAGCGCCGGCGCCAGGACCUGCUGCGCCGGUACCGGGCGGGCACGCUGAGUGCGCAGGACGUGGGCUCGGCCCUGUCCUCGCUGCUGGCCGAGGCCGAGGACCGCAGCCCGCGCGCCGACCCUCGGGGGGCCCUGCGUGCGGCCACCAUGGAGGUCAAGGUGGGGCGCCUGCGGGGGCGCGCGGUGCCCGUGUGGGACGUGCUGACGUCUGGCUACGUGAGCGGGGCCAUCCGCGAGGAGCUGCUGGCCCAGUUUGGCUCGGGGUCUCUGGCCCUGCCCGCGCUGACGCGCAGGCUGACCACCAUCAUCGAGGAGGCGGAGGAGGCCCACGGGGACCCGCCCCAGCCCGGGGAGACCUCGCCUCGCCAGCCGGAGCCGGGGCGGCCAGGGCCCUCCCGAGGCGAGGACGAAGAGGCCCAGGCCGAGGCCACCGGCCGCCGCCGCCUCCAGGAGCAGGAGCAGGCCUUGCGCGCCGCCACCAUGGAGGUGCGCUCCGGGCGGUUCCGGGGCCAGCCGGUGUCCGUGUGGGAUGUUCUCUUCUCCUCCUACCUGGAAGAGGCCCGGCGAGAGGAGCUCCUGGCCCAGCACGCGGCAGGCACCCUGGGGCUGGCUGACCUGGUGGCCAUCCUCCUGCGGGUGGUGGAGGAGACCGAGGAGCGGCUCAGCAAGGUGUCCUUCCGAGGCCUGAGGCGCCAGGUGUCCGCCGCCGAGCUGCACACGUCCGGGAUCCUGGGCCCCGAGACCCUGCGGGACCUGGCCCAGGGCACCAAGACCCUGCAGGAGGUGACGGAGAUGGACUCCGUCAAGCGCUACCUGGAGGGCACUAGCUGCAUCGCCGGCGUGCUGGUGCCGGCCAGGGGCGAGCCGGGCCGCCAGGAGAAGAUGAGCAUCUACGAGGCCAUGUGGAAGGGCGUGCUGCGGCCCGGCACGGCCCUGGUGCUGCUGGAGGCGCAGGCGGCCACCGGCUUCGUCAUCGACCCGGUGCACGACCGGAGGCUGUCUGUGGAGGAGGCCGUGGCCGCCGGCGUGGUGGGCGGCGAGAUCCGGGAGAAGCUGCUGUCCGCCGAGCGCGCCGUCACCGGCUACACCGACCCCUACUCCGGGGAGCAGAUCUCGCUCUUCCAGGCCAUGCAGCGCGACCUCAUCGUCAGGGACCACGGCAUCCGCCUGCUGGAGGCCCAGAUCGCCACGGGCGGCGUCAUCGACCCCGUGCACAGCCACCGCGUGCCCGUGGAGGUGGCCUACCAGCGCGGCUACUUUGACGAGGAGAUGAGCCGCGUGCUGGCGGACCCGAGCGACGACACCAAGGGCUUCUUCGACCCCAACACCCACGAGAACCUCACCUACAUGCAGCUGCUGGAACGGGCCACUGUGGACCCUGAAACUGGUCUCUUGUUUCUUCUUGUAUCUAAUUGAUGUUUAAUAGAUUUGUUUUUGUCCCUUUCUGAAUGUUUCUUGCGACUUAAAGUAAUUGUUUAGUUUUGCC